UUCCUUGGCUACUAACACAGCUUGAGACAUUUUUAUUAUUAUUUUUUACUUGUUUUGAGCUGACUAAGGUCAAGCCUCUCCUUUAUCAACUGCACUUAGAAACAGUAAUCCAUGUCUUUGUUACAUCUCCAAUGGAUUACUGUCACGCAGUGUAUUUUGGAGUAAGCCAGUCCUCCCACAAGCGUAUCCAGUUGGUCCAAAAUUCUGCGGCUUGCCUCCUAACUCGUGCUCAAUUUAUAUUUAUAUACAGCAAUUUGUUACAGCUGUACAGGUAGUUGUUCUUCAAGUGCUUUGUACUGUAUUUACAAUGGAGUUGAGUUGAGUUAACUCAAGUGCUGUGGCCUUUUCACACCUGCUUAAUGUGACUUCUAUCCUUUGUGAGUACAAAUCAAGCAAAAGGUGAGGGUUCACGGAUGAUCAUUUGGGAGGGGGGGUUAAUCCUUUGUUAAAUCCAGUUCCUGAGGAUUUACUCUGACUCAAGGCAUGUAAUCUUAGCACUCUCUCACUUAGGCUCAGAUAUUGAACAUCAAGCGGCGAGAGGACCUCGCCGUUGAAAGCUCUGCAUCCAUGCACCACUCGUUUUUUACUCUCAAUUCCUCCCUCUACAUGGGCCCGCCGCACGGGGAGCCUCCGCUGUCACGCACGGGCUUCGUCGCGCUCUCUGUGGUGAUGGCCCUUUUCACCGGGCCGGCCAUCGUUCUCAACGCUACAGUGAUUAUUGUGUCCCUCAUGCACAAGCAGCUGAGGCAACCGCUCAACUACGCUCUGGUGAACAUGGCUGCGGCAGACCUGGGCACAGCCAUGACCGGGGGGGUUCUGUCUGUCGUCAACAACGCCCAGGGGUACUUCUCCCUGGGAAGAACAGGCUGCGUGAUGGAGGGCUUUGCAGUGUCCUUGUUUGGCAUCACAUCAUUGUGUACGGUCGCCUUGAUCGCUGUGGAGAGGAUGUUUGUCAUAUGUAAACCUUUGGGGCACAUGACCUUCCAAAAGAAGCACGCAUGUGGGGGCAUCGCCUUGUCCUGGUUGUGGUCCCUAACGUGGAAUAUACCCCCGCUUUUGGGCUGGGGCAGGUACGAGCUGGAAGGCGUCGGGACGUCCUGCGCGCCGGACUGGCACAGUCGAGAACCUCACCAUGUGUCCUACAUCCUGGUUUAUUUCGCCGUGUGCUUUGCGCUUCCUUUCGCCAUCAUCCUGAUAUCCUACACUAAAUUAAUGUGGACGUUGCAUCAGGUAUCAAAGUUGACCUGCGUGGAAGACGGUGCAGUGGCUAAAGCAGAGCUGAGAGUGGCGUCCAUGGUCAUCAUCAUGGUUCUGACCUUCUUGAUAAGUUGGAUGCCUUAUGCUGGCCUGUCCAUGCUGGUGGUGUACAACCCGCAUGUGGUGAUUAACCCACUGGUAGCAACGGUGCCUGUUUACUUGGCCAAGAGCAGCACAGUAUACAAUCCCAUCAUCUACAUCUACUGCAACAAACAGUUCCGUAGGUAUGCAGUGCCUUUCCUGCUGUGUGGUAAGGAGCCGUGGCUGGCUGAAGAGGCAUCGGAGGCGGCCACCAUGGUGGAGAUGACAACCAACAAAGUGUCUCCAGCCUGAAAGCUCCAAAGGGCCUACAAUAAUCAUUCAACAAGCGCUUGCCUGACACCAAUACCUCUGUAAUUCUGUCAAACAUGUGAAGCAUGUAUACAAAGAUUUCCAGAAUUGUGUGCAUUGUUUAAAUUACAGUACUGAUGGUGGAGUCAAGCAUUUCUUGAAAACCAGGAAAAAAAGAACCAUAAUUCAGCAUAAGUUUAUUCAAUGAUGCUCAAUAAAAAAGAAAUAACUUAAUUGAUUGAAAUAAAGACAAGGCCCAAAUCAAAUGAAAAAUGCAUUGUUAUGAAACCCAAUGUUAUAUAUUAAAGCAUUUGCUACUAAGAGAUUGAUGCCAACCAAAAAGAAACAUUGAAGAGCAAAUAUCAAGACUUUCAAGUAGAGAACAUUACCAUGGGUCUUUCCAAUAAUUUGUACAUAUUUUACAUCUCCUAUUUGAAUACAGAUUUAAGAACAUUAAUAAAAGUAAUUCUAUAUAUAACCAUGUGAAGAAAAGUGAUAGAAACAGCACGUUUCUCUGUAAACUGGUAAUUUAAUCCAUUGUUUUGUUCACCCAGCAGAGCAACGACGCACCUUAAAAAUAUUCUUUUGACUCUCUUUCAUUCCCAGCAUUGUAAGAUGAGGUGUGAAUGACAAAUAUAGAUUCCACUAAACCAUACACAGAGUCACCAAAAAGUACAAAAUUGUCUCACCUUAAUACACAAAUCAGUUUUAGAAAAAGGAGAAACAGAAGCACAAUACACUUACGUGUGUAGAGACAAACAGCUAUGUGCUAAUACUUAAGACUCAACCAAGUUACUAUUUACUCUUUUUUUCAGGAAUCCCUGACUUGAGGUAAAAGUAAAUUCUUUUCAUCUUUAGAUUAACUCAAUGCUUAAAAGUGUUUACAAAAUAAUGCAUAUUUUCAGUUCAUCAAUUGCUACGAAUAGGACAAUGUGCCAGUUAUGUGCAUUCCUUUUGUCAGCUGCAAAAGGACGAGAACACAUUUAUCGUUGUUUUUUUUUUUUUUUUUUUAAA